CUGUGCUGGAGUGUGUAAAUAUGAAGGAAAAGGUGGAAUGUGUUCCAUUCGUCUAAGUGAGCCACUCCUCAAGUUAAGACCAAGGAAAGAUCUUGUUGAGACACUGUUGCAUGAAAUGAUCCAUGCCCUGCUUUUUGUUACUAAUAAUGACAAAGAUCGUGAAUCUCAUGGACCAGAGUUCUGCAAGCACAUGCGUCGCAUUAAUCGCUUGACUGGAGCCAAUGUCACAAUCUAUCAUGAUUUUCAUGAUGAGGUGGAUCUGUACCGCCAGCACUGGUGGCGAUGCAACGGCCCCUGCCAAAAUAGGAAACCUUACUUUGGAUAUGUGAAACGUUCGAUGAAUAGAGCACCCUCUGCACGAGACUUCUGGUGGACAGAGCAUCAAGAGACAUGUGGAGGAACAUUCACGAAAGUGAAGGAGCCAGAGAACUUCUCUAAGAAAUCCAAGGAGAAAACUCAGGCAGAAAAACUUCCAAAUUCUGAGUCACCUGAGAAAGGCAAGACAAAAACUCAUGAUACGCAAGAUCUGGUACCCUUUAGUGGAAAGGGAUAUCGGCUUGGAGGGGGAGACAGUGGACUCUCAGAAAAAAGCACAGGUGAAACAUCUGGUUCACAACUUCGUUCCCCAGUAAGGACAAUACCAAUCCCUAAAAAUGAGAUAAAAUUCGAAAAAUCACCCCGUAGUGGCAUCUUUUUUCCACUGUGUACUGGUGAUGCCAGUGAAAAAAUCAACUUGGCUUCAAAGCGUGAGUUCCCUAAACUCUCUGUUGCUAAUUCAAAAGCUUACAAGAAUGUGAGUGGAUCACCUGUUAAAAUUGCUCGUGUUAUGGAAGAAAAAUCAAACCAAGACUCUGCAAGUGGCAAGAGGGUUAUGCCAUUUUAUAACAGGUCACCAAAACAAAUUUGUUUUGAGCAGACAACAACAGGUCAGAAAAAAAGCUCAGAAGGUUCUAAUACACUGCAGCAAUGGCCAAAAAUGGAAGACAAAACUGCCUUUGAAAACUAUUUCAUUAAAAAAGGUGAUACUGAUGUCACUUCAAAUAUAAAUACACCUUUAAAAACCAAAGCUGAAUCUACAGUGUCCUCUGCAAGUUCCAGCACUGCUCUGAGGCAGGAUAAAAAAGUCAGUUGUCCUGUUUGCCAGACUGAGGUUUUGGAGUCUAAAAUAAAUGAACACCUUGAUACUUGUCUUGCAUAA